AUGAAUCACAGCCCAGCCGCCGGCGGGUCUAAGACCCCGGACAACCGGCAGGUGCACCAGCCCGCGCCGCAUGGAGCCUCCCCGGAGUCGACUCGUGCGAGACCCAGCGGGCGCCUAGAGCCCGGCCGCGUCUGCGCAGAGGAGACCCUCGAGCGGGCGGGGACGGGAGCCGCAGGGCCGCCCGAGUCUGCGCAGAGGAGACACCGAGCGGGCGCCGCGGGGCUGCCCGAGUCUGCGCAGAGGAGACCCCAAGCGGGCGAGGGGGGAGUCCGCCGCGGGAGCUGCCCGAGUCUGCGCAGAGGAGACCCCGAGCGGGCGGGAGGCGUCCACCGCGGGAGCUGCCCGAGCCUGCGCAGAGACCCCGAGUGGUUGCCGCGGGGCCGCCAGAGUCUGCGCAGAGGCGACCCCCGUGCGGGCGGGAGGCGUCCGCCGCGGGAGCUGGCGGCGGGGGCGGGGGGACCGCCGGCUCGGGGAGCGCUCCUGACGCGGGCCGAGCCGGGGUUGCGCGAUGGCCGCCGUGGAGGGGGCCGCGGCGGAGUGGGAGGCUGGGGUGGCCUGGAGUUAGAUGCUACUUGCUACUUGUGUGCUGAUGAUCCUGACAUCUUUGUCUGCAUACCAGAUGUUCCUCCUGGGCUCCGGAACUGUUGGCCCAUCGGCUCUGCAGGCAUUUCUCCUGGAUGCCUCACAGAUCCAGAGAUCAGGAAUAACAUAAAGGGCCAGAAGUCAAAGAUGAACGUACCUGGAGACAAAGAUCCAGCAAGGGUUGUAUCCAAAGGAUGCCAGAGACUGAUCCGUCAGGAGCGUGGGUUGGUUGAAGCUGCUGACCCUGUGGUCAGGUCAUUGAGGCAUUGGGUGAGCCCCUCACAGGAUGCGGGGGGGCUCCCCGCUUCCCAAGGGAGAGCUAUCAAGGAAGUGAAUCUCAUUCCCGCAAAAGCCAUCGCAGGAGAGAGAGGCCACGGAUGUAAUGGGAGAGAAAGGACACUUUCUACAGGAGAAAGAUCCCACAGCGGAGAAGCCUGUGGUGAGAGAUUCCAGCAGACGGCAGAGGUCACCCAGCGCCAGAAAACUGGUAACGUGAAGAAAACCCAUCAAUGUCAGGAAUGUGGGAAAACGUUCAACCGGAGCUCAAACCUGAUCAUCCACAAGAGAAUUCACACGGGGAGGAAACCCUAUAUGUGUGACGAAUGUGGGAAAGACUUCAACCAGAGUUCAAAUCUCAUUAUUCAUUAGAGAAUUCACACAGGGAAGAAACCUUACCUGUGUUGCGAGUGUGGGAAGGACUUCAACCAGAGCUCCAACCUGGCCAGGCACCAGCGGAUCCACAGCGGCGAGAACCCCUAUCAGUGCCAGGAGUGCGGCAAGGCCUUCCGCGGGAGCUGCAGCCUGGUCCUGCACCAGAGGACCCACGGCGGCGGCGGGAAGCCUUUCGCGUGCCACGAAUGCGGCAAGGCCUUCAGCCAGAGCUCGGACCUGGUCAUCCACCACAGAGUUCACACUGGAGAGAAGCCGUACGAGUGUGAGUGCGGCCAGAGCUUCAGCCAGAGUUCACACCUGGCCACACACCAGAGGACCCACACCGGGGUGAAGCCCUUCACGUGCCCUGAGUGUGUGAAGGCCUUCAGACAGCGUGCACGCCUCACCGAGCACCAGAGGCUGCACAGCGGGGAGAGGCCCUAUGCGUGUGGCGGGUGUGGAAAGGCCUUCAGCGGGCGCACGGCUCUGCUCAAGCACCAGAGGCUGCACGUGGGCCAGGACGCGGGCCAGCUGGGACAGCAGAAAACAGAGAGGGAGGAGAAGCCCUAUGAGUGUACAGAGUGUGGGAAAACCUUCCAGGGAAGCUCAGACCUCAUCCGGCACUGGAUAAUCCACACCGACGAGAAGCCCUACGAGUGCAGGGCCUGCAGGAAGGCCUUCAGCCAGAGCUCACACCUGCUCACGCACCAGAAAAUCCACACCGGGGAGAAGCCAUAUCCAUGCGGUGAGUGCGGGAAAGCCUUCCGGCAGCGCUUACUCCUUGUCCAGCACCGAAGAAUCCACACCGGGGAGAAGCCCUACGAGUGCGGGGCCUGCGGGAAGCCCUUCAUCUGGCGCACAGCCUUUCUCAAACACCAGAGGCUUCACGCUGCAGAGAAACCCCAGGGAUGCGGGAGGACACUGAGCCAGGACCAGGUGCCUGGGGAUGAGCGGGGAACUCAUGGGGAAGAGAGAGCGCCCCGGUGCAGCCAGCAUGCCAGAACCUUCCAGGGCAGCUCGGACUUCGUGGGACCUCCAGUGACUCGCGCAGGAGAGAAGCCCCAUGCGUGUGCAGAGUGUGGAAAAUCCUUCCAGCAGAGCUGCACAAGGCACCUGAGAAUCCACAGCGGGGAGAAGCCUUACCCCUGUGCUAAAUGCGGGAAGUCCUUCAGGGGCAGCUCCGACCUCAUUAAACACCACCGCAUGCACACGGGAGAGAAACCCUACAAUUGCCCUGAAUGUGGGAAGGCCUUCAGUCAGAACUCCUACCUUCUCAGUCACCAGAGGAUCCACACUGGAGAGAGACCCUUUGAAUGUGGCGCUUGUGGGAAGGCCUUUGGGGGGCGCAUGGCCUUCCUUAAACACCAGCGGCUGCACCCCGGGGAGGGGCCGGGGCGCAGCGACAGAGCCCACAGACAAGACUUGGAGGUGAUGGAACCCUAAGGGGCCCAGGGCACGCCUGAGGGAGGCCAUUCUUAUUGCACUGUCAAGGUGUUUGUCACUAGAAAGCAUCUGGAGGCAGGAAGACAUCAGGGCACCGCGUCAGGCGGGAAACCGGAGUGUAACCAGGCGACAGAGCUCGGAUUUACAGGCUGUCCUUCUGACUCUGAGUUGACACUGGAUGUGGUCCCCGGGAUGUAAUCACUGGACGAUGUUUCAGGGGAUGUCUACUGUCAUUAAAGUCGUUAGAAGUCACCGUGGCAACAGCCCCAGAACUAAAUUCUUCAUGAAAGGAGCCAUUUCAGCCCUGACACCCUGGUCCAGGGACAGGUCUAAAUCUGCUUUACGUACUUUAGGGGUGGUUCCCAUUAGGGAUGUGCUUUAUAUGUGUGUCUCCCCCUCUUCUCGUCCUUACACACGUGUGAUGAUGCUAACUGCAAUGAUCCACGAACUGGGAGGAAGCCACAAUGACAGGAGGACAGCUGGACACCAAGACAAGGGCCAGAGGAGGGUGUCCCGCAGAGAAAGCGGGGUGUCCUCUGGUAGCCCCAGGAGAUAGGAGAGCAGGUGUCAGGGACAGAAUCAGAGCAUGCACCAGGGCACAGCGUAGAGGUAGCCUGAGUGGGGAGGAAGUCUACUGCAAAAGAUCAGGGGACUGUAGGGGCAGUGUUUUUGUCUCGACCCAGGGCUUUGCAAGGGGGCAUAACUGGUUUGAGAAUUGGAAGGGCCAAGUGGAACCCUGGAGCUCACGAAGCCUGGUGAUUAGGCUCCACCCAUCUGGACUGUCAUGGCCAAUCAGCACUAGGCUUUUCCAACCUGGGUGGUCACGGCCAGUCA